AGAAACGUGUGUAUGGAUAUUUAAAGAUACAUGAUCUACAGUCUCCUGUGCACCUGCAGGUACUCGGAUCGUACUUUCACUUUGUGACGUCGCUGCCAAACGCAGACGGUCCCUAACGCUGACGACAGCUCGGUGAACUCUGAGGACCUGUUUUUUUCAGCGGAGGCACAAAUAAAGUUUGUUUAGCAGAACACUUGGAACUAAACCGCGGUACAUUUAACCGUCCGGUUGUCGUUUGGUGCACAUUCACAGCAGUGGCGGGUACAGCCCCGUGAAAUAGGUCCGUGUGAGUAUUUCCGGGUGGCACGAGGCUGCUCCGGUAACAUCCCAGCUAGCAUCAAUUGGUUGAGCCUACCUCCUCCGCUCGGUCGCCGCGACAGCCGGAGGCCGUGACACUAUCGCCCGGGACAGCUCCACGGUGGAUGUCUUGUAGCUGAAAGCCCAAAGCGGGGAGAGUCAUGGCGGCGUCGCUACUCUCCGAGACCGACAUCAGGCACCGGUCCAUGGCGGAGGAGGAUCCGAACGGCAACGAGCAUGGGGCGGCUGCACGCAGCGCGGCGCCUCGCUGGGGACCGCAGCACGCCGGAGCCCGACAGCUAGCACGGCUGUACUCGCCAGGUAAACGGCUCCAGGAGUGGGUGUGUGUGAUCCUGUGCCUCUUUCUUUUCAUCAUCAACUUCUCUUUCCUCCUCCUGCACUUCUCCACCGUUCACAUCUACAAGAUCGUCCUUGGCAUCGUCCUCGGAAUAGUGACGGCAGAUUUUGCAUCGGGGAUUGUGCACUGGGGAGCAGAUACGUGGGGGUCGGUGGACAUCCCUGUUAUUGGGAAGGCAUUUCUUCGACCAUUCAGGGAGCACCACAUCGAUCCGACUGCCAUCACUCGCCACGACUUCAUCGAAACCAAUGGCGAUAACUGCAUGAUCCCCAUCCUACCGCUGGCUCACAUGGCCUACAAGUUCCUCACUUACACACCAGAGGCCUUGCUGGAAUCCUACCCCUGGGAUUGCUACGUCUUCGCCCUGGCGGUUUUCGUCACGCUAACCAAUCAGAUUCACAAGUGGAGCCACUCCUACUUUGGCCUCCCGCGAUGGGUCACGCUGCUCCAGGACUGGCAUCUGGUGUUGCCACGGAAACACCACCGCAUCCACCACGUGUCGCCGCACGAGACGUAUUACUGCAUUACCACCGGUUGGUGCAACUAUCCGCUGGACCAGCUGGGCUUUUGGAGAUCCUUGGAGAGAUUAAUCGAACAGCUGACUGGGCAGAAACCUCGAUCGGACGACCUGGCGUGGGCAAAGAAAACUGACUGAAGAACAAAUACACAAGGGUUGAAUGGAGGGAGGGGCAUGGAAAGGAAAAUGUACACAAAUAGGAAUGAAUGGGGAAACCAGACAAAUGCAUAUAAAUGUAACUCCUGUCUCUGUGCUCAUCGCUUCUUUGCUGAAGAGCAAACACAGAAUCUGCAAACAAACAAAACGACGGUUCACGUGAUUCGUAGACACGUUGGAGUCUGUAUUUGAACAAGCUUUGAACACAGUGAGGUCAUCGGUAGACCAGAAACAGCCAAUCAUCUCGUGCGUUUGUAAGCCUGUGUGAGCGACGCGGCGUGCUGGUGUGUAGGAGGUUUCUGGAGGUUGGGCUCUCCAGGAGUGACACCACGCUGCCUGUUGCAGGCACAGCACGCACACACGCAUGCACACACACUCUCUCUCACACACACACACACACGCACGCACACACACACACACGCACACACACACACACACACAC